AUGUCAACUACUACCCGAGUCGAAGAGGUAUAUCAGGAGGCUGGUCGUGCGGCUAUGGAGCAGUAUCACAUCAGAGCCAUCGUAUCUAAAAAGACUCGUAUUGAUCUGAAAGUGAUAGGUGACAGACUGCUUCAGCGAACUCGGGUGAACUACGAAGACUCGGUAGACAUGGACCACCCAGUUUCUGUGGAUCAAAAGGCAAAUCCCGAGUGGAAUCAAGAUCAUUUCUGCUGGGAGGCCAAGGGGAAGUGCGCCCAAGAUUACAAAGAAGUAGAGACCAAGCUCCUGAGAGAGCUAGACCAGUCUCGACGAGAGUCUUUCUGCGAAGUUGGUGUGUCACUGUUCAUGAUAGGGAAGACGCCACAAAAGGCAAAGCCUGUGAUCAUAAUUUCCAGUCAGGACCAACGAUCACGCAAGGAAGCCAAAAAGGCUAUCACUAGGAGCGGUAUUCUGGAAGAUCUGGACUUCGAGCUUGGUGUUCUCAAGUACCUUCCAUCAGGUCCCAUUCACCCUAUCGCCGGAUCACCUAGCGAAGCAAGUUGGGAUUCUGCAUCAGAAUCUGGAGGAUGGGAUUCAGACACUUGGGAAACGGCGAAACCAGCUCUAUCUCAUCAGUCGGUUACAUCUCUCCCCUUGCCCGCUUACUACGAUCCGAAACAACGGCUGCGCAUAACAGGCAUGCCACUCUACGUAAAGACAACAGACAACCAGUCAAGAAUGGGAACAGCCAAUCUCGUUCAUAACGGUUCUACAUACGGAUACAUCACUGCCGCCCAUAUUUUCAGUCCUUUGCGUCACGCUCCUCCUUCGAUCGAUGAUGGUGAAGAGGAUCUCGGUGUACCAUUCGAUAGUGAUAGCGACGAUGAAGAUAAUUCUGAAGCAAAGAGGUCAUGUGCUGGAAGCCCGAUCUCGAAUCCAACAAAAGCUACAAAAUCUCAAAUCCUAGACCACGGGGAAACUAAAUUGUCGAGAUUCAAUGGGUCUAAGAUGCCAAGCGAUUCUUCCGAGGCAACAAGCAUUUCGCCACCUAAUCUUGCCUUGCUUGGACAUGUAGCUCCUGAGGAGUCUGAGUUGUCUAUGGACUACGCGAUCAUCGCCAUCGAAAACAUCGAACUCGUUCAACAGCUGGAGCAUUUUAGUGUUUCUGAAGGGAUACAAAGCGCAAGAGCAUCGGCAGCCGCACCCAAGCCGUCGCAGGCUACAGCAUGGACAACUCACGGUCCAACACAUGAUAAGGCUUUGAAUCAGAACACAUCGCAUACCAUGUCUAACGGCAAUUGGGUAUGGGACCACCGAUACCAGGAUUACUACUGCAUCACAUUGGAUGCGUAUCAACGUCCGAUAUAUCACUGGUCUAAACAGCAGGCCCAAGCGGACAUCGCCGAGCCCCUUCCAAGGCAGGAUUCGGGCAGUCGACAGAACGAUGGCGCAAACGUGGCCCAGAUGCCCGAGCCUGCUCCGCAGGAUGCUCGUGCACUGAGAGGCUUCAUUCAGGGAACGCCACAGACCGGCUGGUAUGAUCUUCUGGACCAGAGUAAGCUACCGAAUGAGGACUGGCUCUGA